AAUCACUUUUCAAUUGUUUGCGUGUUCAGCAUGUUUAUUAAAUAAUACUAAUCUUUUACAAUGAGGAAACAUUAAGACUGGUUGUUACUCUUGCUGCAAAACUUUUUAAGUAACUAGAAUUUACGAACUCAUUUUGAAAUGGCAGAUACGAGUAAAAUAGUGUACCUAGUGAUAUUUUUCGUGUUUUCUUUUUUGACACUGAAAGACUUAUUUCCGAGUGAUGCAGACACUAGUACCAAAGAGAUACCUGAAACUAAAGUUGGUUUAGGUAAAUUUUUGGGACCAACCAUAAAGUUUCGAUAUUGCUACUCAUGUGGCUACCAGAAAGCAUUCCAGGAAUACACCACCAUCAUCAACCAGAAGUACCCGGAGGUGAUUGUUGAAGGAGAGAACUACAACCCUCCGGGAUACAACACUUACCUGGCAAAGUUGGUGGGCGUGUUCAAGAUGGCGUUCAUCGCGUGCAUCCUGUGCGGGGUGAACGUCUUCCAGCGCGCCGGCCUGAACGUGCAGUCGUGGUGGCCGUGGCUGGCGGAGAACAAGAUCUACGCCUGCAUGAUGACCUUCUUCCUCUGCAACCUGCUGGAGGGCAACCUCGUCACCACGGGCGCCUUCGAGAUCUCCUUCAACGAUAUGCCCGUGUGGUCGAAGCUGGAGACGGGGCGGAUACCGCAGCCCACGGAGCUGUUCCAGAUCAUGGACAGCCACCUUCAGUUCCGGGGCAAGGAGGACUUGAAGCCGGGCUUCGCCAAGUAGUCCCCGCCCCGAGAUGUCCUACCAGUUAGUCCUUCGAAAAAUGUAAUCUAUUAUUUAAAAAAAAAAAUAUACAUACAUAUAUUUUUAUUGGAAUACAUUCAACCUUUUAUAAAGGUAACCGUAUUUUAUAUUGACCGUUAAUUACAGAACUAGGUAUAAUUUUCUGGUGUGCGUCAUAUCAUGUUGUGCUAUGUUUAUAUGUUUACUAGUCACGUAUGUUAUCACGGUAGUAAUUAUUCGUAUGUUCUCUGGACUGUGGUGUUGUGUUAUUGUAUUUUCCUGUUACACAAAAUCCUUUGUUCAACAAAAUUUAGACAAAAUUUUUUAGUGUUUUAGUUACUGUGUUGUUGAAGAAAUGCUCAGUUUAGCGUGACAUUUCCAAACGUCAUAAUAUAAAAUUUACGAUAUAUAUUAUAUAUAUCAUUUUUUUUUGUUUUGCUUGUGCAUAGUUUAUUUCAAACGUAGCUAACUCAUUAAAGUAGCCAGUCGUCAAACAAUAUGCUGAGCUCUGGAUGUUAACAUCUCAUUUAAAUAAAUAAGAGUUUAAAAAAAAUAAAAAACACGCUUUUAUAGAAAAUCCAACUAAAAAAUAGAAAAUAAAUUUUAAUAAAUUUAAUUUAAUUAUAGUGUAAAAUAAAAAAAAAUGUAUUUUAUUUAAAAAAAACUGUGGGGUGCAUGGUGUCAAUAGUUAUAAUUAUUUUACUGACAGAUAUGAGUAGAAGGAUUAUCAUUUUGAUAAUAAUAUUUAAAAAAGCACCCCACGCUGUUUUUAAAUAAAAUACAUUUUUAUUUUAUUUUACACUAUAUUUAAAUUAAAUUAAUUAAAAUUUAUUUUCUAUUUUUUAGUUUGAUUUUCUGUAAAAGCGUGUUUUUUUUAGUUUUUUUAAACUCUUAUUUAUUUUUUACUUUUUAGUUUUGUUUAUUUAUAAAAACAUGUUUUUUUAAUUUUUUUAACUGUUUUUUUUUCUAAUCUACUAUUAAUUCCGUGAUAACUAUAAGUACCUAACUGUAAUUAUUUUAAAAUUAUUAAUGUGUACAGCUGUAUUGAUAGUCAAAUCUCGAUUUUAGAAGCCAUUCAAAAAUUUUAACGUUAUCAACAUAUACAGUGAGACUUAAUGGUAUAAGGUUAUUGACGAACAAGUGAUAUCGCCCAGUCUUACAUACUGUACGAAAUUACUGCUGUGAAGCAGGAAAGGAUGGGAGUUACGGAUUAAUUAUUACAUGAAGCGUUCCACAUUUACGUAACAGGAAUUUUGGGAAGGAUAAGGAUUGAGAAAGGAUGAGGAAAGGACCUUCUCAAUGAGAGUGUAAAGAAUAUGUGAGAAAAAUUUGAAUAGCCCGGACUGGGAUUCGAACCCAGAGCCUUCCGAUGACAUGUCGGCUGCUCUACCAUCGGGCGCUCGAUUUACGAUAAAUAUGAUACAAAGCACCCCACGCUUUUUUCACAAUAAUACUAGUAUUUUUCAUUCAUUAUUGUUUUAAGCUUAUUUUAAAAAUUAUUUCCUCAAUUUAUUCCAGGUAAAAAUCCUUAAACUGUAAGUUUUGCUCUCUAUCCAAAUAUGUUUUUGAUAUAUCAUCUUCAAACUUAUCCAUAUUUUCCGUUUUUGAUGUCUUUUAUGUAAUGAGUUACUGACCUUGGCAUAGUUUGGAGUAUUUGUAACUGCUUGGUGUAGAUUUGCAGGUUGGUGUUCGAGUGGAAUAUCAAAAACCUGCCCAUCAGGUGUAGCUAUUGAGGUUAUGCAUAUGGUGUUUGAUUUCCCAUCUGCUGUUGGUUUCACAGCAAAAUCAAACUUCAAUUUUUCCAUGUUUCGUGAAAUAUUUGCAUAAAAUGUUGUUUUAUAAUAAUGUUUCACUCUUGGUUAAUUACUAAAAUGAAACAAAGACGUAAUUGUGUUUCUCUAUUUAACGAAAGAAACAACAUUUAAAGCCCUUAUUUCAGGUUUUUUCCUUCAUAUUUUUACAAAUAUAGAUAAUAUUCUCUUCAAGAAAGAAUAUUGUUCACAAUAAUCAUAACCCACUCUCACUUUUCAUUUAAUUAAAUGUCACAAUAUUUAAUAGCUUGUUUAUAUCGUGCCAAAGACAAACUGAAAGAAAAAAAGUUCGCACAUGAGCGAAAUUGUUUUCUUUACAAAUACGUCUUUGCUUCAUUUUACCAAUUAUAUAAAUUGACAAAAAUCUUAUUUUGCAAAUUGAUUAAUGGAAUAAUAUUAUCAAAUUAGUGUAUUGUCAUCGGUCCUCGAUAAAUCUACAAAGUUUGAAUGAAAUCUGGCCGUUUAAAGUGGGUCAAAAUCGAACCCAAAGGAGUCGGUUACAAACAUACAAGUGAAGCUAAUAUAAAGCAUGUAAAAACUGUUAAAGAUUUAUUAAAAGUAUCUGUUUACAAACAGGAUUUUAUUGCACUUUCAUAUGAUAUUAUUUUUUUUACACAUGUAAUUAUUGAGACAGCAAUAAAGACUAAAAUUGAUGUGUCUUGCGUAUUCAAGUACAAAAAAUUUGGUAUGCAGUUUUUGAAUGUAGGAUAAGAAAGUGCAAGGACCUUUUUCCUUAGUAUGAUACCGCAAUAUUUUAGGGUCACCACUUUGUGUCAUACAUAGAAGCGCAUCACUGGCGAAAAGACCGCUCGCCAUAUCGGUGCCUAGAUUAUAUGGUGAAUUUCCAUACAACCGAAUAGCAUGCUAAAACACUUUAUAACAGCGAAAUGCAAGUUAAUACACCAUAUACCAUAUAGCAUCAAAAUGCACAUUAUAUCAUGGAAUUAAGUAGAAUUUAACCAAAACUUAAUGAAAAUCAUAAAAUAAAAAGUAUUUUUUUAUAUUCGAAACUAAAGGAAUGUCUUUUCUGGACAAUAAAUUCUAUCAAAGGGCAUGGAUCGAAAAAUUAUUAAAAUUUUUUUUUAGUACAUUUUUCAUUGAAUUACCAUAAAUGCUUGCUAAUGUAUUUUUAUUGUUUUGAAUGUAUUUGUUUUUGACCAAUUUAUUACAGAUUAUUUUAAUCAUAAAAAUGCAGCAUAUGAAUAUUACCACUGUUUUGGUGGAGUAAGUAUUAACAAAAAAAAAAAAAGCUUUUGUAGAAAUAAAUACAAUAACACGAAAAUCCUCAGUUAUAAAAAUAAAA